CGACUUCCUUGGGUUGCCCUGCCCGCUCGAAGAAAGCGAAAUUUGCAGAGAAAGAACAACAGAAGAAAAGGAGGCGGUAGGUUUUGGUGCUCUCCUUCCGCCAAAAUGUCGAUGUCCAAGAGUUCCAAGAUGCUCCAAUACAUCAAUUACCGGAUGCGCGUCACCAUCCAAGACGGCCGUCAGCUCAUCGGCAAGUUUAUGGCCUUCGACCGCCACAUGAACCUCGUCCUCGGCGACUGCGAGGAGUUCCGCAAGCUCCCGCCGACGAAAGGAUCCAAGGAAGAACGAGAAGACCGCCGCACUCUCGGCCUCGUCCUUCUCAGGGGCGAAGAGGUAAUUUCCCUCACUGUCGAAGGCCCUCCCCCGCCCGACGAAUCCCGCCUCAAAACCGCCUCCGCCACCGCCAUCCCCGGUCCAGGAAUUGGCCGCGCCGCCGGCCGAGGCGUCGUUACUGGACCGCCGACUAUGGCCCAGCCCGGCCUCGCCGGCCCGGUCCGCGGAAUUGGGGGCCCCGCUCCGGGUAUGAUGCAGCCCCAAAUUUCCCGACCGCCGCAGAUCUCCGUCCCGCCUGUUUCCUACCCGCCGCAGCCGCCGGUUGUUAGGCCGCCCAACGUCGCCCCGCCGCCGGGAGGGUUUCCUCCGCGUCCUGGAAUGCCGAUGCCGCCGCCGCCUCAGUUCAGGCCAGGGGUGCCGCCUCCUGGAGGGUUUGUUCCACCUCAGUACCCCCAGAGGCCGCCGAUGGGACCUCCGCCGCAGAUGAUGAGAGGACCGCCGCCGUCCAAUGCGCCGCCGAUGCCUGGAAUGCCUGGCCAGCAACCACCAAGACCUGGCAUGCCUCCGCCUCCAAGUGGACAGUUUGGUCCGCCAAGGCCAGGAAUGCCGCCUCCACCAAAUCCUCAACAGUAGACAUAAUGGAAUGGCUUGCUCGACAGUUUAUGGUUGUCAGUGAUGUUAGCUACAUCACUUCACUGCACUUACUGGAUUGCUGGAUGUUCCCUUGAAGUUGAAUCUCCCCAAUUUUAGCUAAUUUGCACAUUUUAUCCUAUUUCAGUACUACCCCCCUCCCCCUCGUUUCCCAUGUUCAAUGUUUUUAUUUUGUUCUUGAAUCAGUGCAUCCUGGGCUAACAUUGUUGAUGGGAUAUUUGAAUUAGACUCAAAUAGACAUACAUAUAUGCCUAAGCUUGAAGGGUCUGUGUAUCUUAUUACAUUUACUAUGUGAGGAUUUUUGUUCUAUAUAUUCGGUAUUGAUGUCA